GUACCUGUCUCUUCUGUCUGUGCUGAUGUUGAAGUGUUUCCUGCCCAUUUGUUCAGGGGGCUGAAUCAUCUCCUUCUCCUCUUUCCUCACCAUCUUUUCCUUCUUUCUUUCUCUAUAGGUAAAGCGUUUGUUCCAAAGCAGAAACCAAUAGAAACACGCAAGGAGGAAGUCACAACCCUCGAUCCAGAGUUAGAGGAAGCCCUAUCCAGCGCCACAGACACAGAACUGUGUGAUCUAGCAGCAAUCCUGGGUGUUCACACGCUGGUCACCAGUAGUCAGACGUAUGAUGGAAGUAAAGGGGGUUACAACAAUGUGAUCAAAGGGGAGAAGAUGAACCCAGUGUUUGAUGAGCCUCCCAAUCCCACUAACGUAGAAGAAACUCUGCAGAGGAUAAAAAGCGACGACGGCUCCUUAACGGAGGUCAACCUCAACAACAUUAAGAACAUUCCAAUUCCCACGCUGAAGGAACUCGCCAAAGCCAUGGAGAAGAACACGCACGUCAAGAAGUUCAGCCUGGCAGCAACACGGAGUAACGACCCGAUUGCUGUGGCGUUCAGCGACAUGCUGCGGGCGAACAAGACGUUGCGAAGUUUGAACCUGGAGUCCAACUUCAUCACCGGGGCAGGGGUGCAGGCUCUGGUGGAUGCGUUGCGAGACAAUGAUACACUCACAGAGAUCAAGAUAGACAACCAGGUAUCAGAUUGCUUUGUGACACACACAUAUAUGCACAUACACACACACAACAAGGUCUGAAAA